UGGAGGUCACCGAGGUGCUGCGCGCUGAGCCCGCUGUGUCAUCCAGGCGGGUGUCGGGGCGGCAGGGCAGCCGGAGAAGAGCUCCAGGCAGUGUGGCUGGAGAAGGGCUCCAGGUGCCAGCGAGUGCAGGAGGGAAGCGAUGUCAUAGCAACCCAGACGCCAACUGCAGCCCUUCCUUCCCAACGGAGGUGGAGCUGUUGUGGCAGCAGUGAGCCAGCUAUUCCUAGUCUCCCCAUCAGCUAAAGGGAGAAGACGCGGGAGUGGAUGCCGCACCAGCAGUCUGAUCUUCAAGGGAGGUGGAGGACCAUCUGUCUAACGAGGCAAUGCAUUGUUGUAUUUUCUGUCACCUUGUGUAUACUGCUUUUUUCAAUAUCUUGGCACAAUUAUAAGGAUACAGAAUGGCAUUCGUUUACUAUCUUUUCCUGCAAACAAGAGCAUAAAGUCAGCCCUAGAAGACAGCCUGUAAACUUAUUUCAGAAUGUGAAACUUCAGAGAAUGCAGUAUGACAAGCCCGACGCCUUCAAACCACCGAGAGCAGAUGUGCUGAUGGUAACGCCUUGGUUUGCACCUAUUGUUUGGAAUGGAACGUUUAACAGAGAUAUACUGAAUGCGCAAUUCCAUCAGAUCAAUGUCCGCGUUGGCCUAACUGUGUUUGCUAUUAAAAAAUACAUAAUGUUUUUAAAAACAUUCAUUGAAACGGCUGAAAAGUUCUUCAUGGUGGGCCACAAGGUCAACUAUUACGUGUUCACUGAUCAUGCCAACGAGACCUUUAAUUUCACCCUUGCCGAGGGGAGACAACUGGUCAUUCUGGGGGUACCUGCCUACAAAAGGUGGCAGGAUGUCACCAUGAGGCGGAUGGAGAUGAUACGAGACUUUGCUAUGAAGCGGUUUAUCAAUGAAAUAGACUACUUGGUGUGCGUGGACGUAGACAUGGCAUUCUACCAUGAUGUUGGGGUGGAGAUCCUAAGUAACGUCUUUGGGGCUUUACACCCAGGCUUCUUUAUGGCAUCGAAUAAGCAGUUUACCUAUGAGCGAAGGCCACAAUCCGUGGCCUACAUUCCAUCUGGUUUUGGUGACUUUUAUUAUGCUGGAGGAAAUUUCGGUGGUGUCAUAGAAGAGGUCAUCAAAUUGACUAAUUACUGCCACAAUGCCAUGAUGAUGGACAAAGAGAAAAACAUUGAGGCUCUUUGGCAUGAUGAGAGUUAUUUAAACAAAUAUUUUUUAUCCCGCAAACCAACAAAAAUCCUUUCUCCCGAAUAUAUUUGGAACGAUUACUAUGGAUCUCCGGCUGUUGUAAAAAAAAAGAGGUUUGCUGGUAUAGAGAAAAAUUACAAAGACGUCCGAUUCAGACGAGAAUUCAAUGACUGAGAGAUAAAUAAUACUUUUAAUUCAUGAUCUCUAUUUCAGAGGGGGGAUAGGGAUCUUGCAUUUAUGUGCCCCUAUGCAGCGAGCGAUCGGGUCAGAAUGACCCCCAAUGAAUCAGUCUGACUCAUUAUACUGCUGUCGGCUGUGGGUCUCUUUAUAGCGCUGGACACCGGCUGCACCGGUGCAAGUUCCGCCACUGCUGUAUAGGUUUCUUACAUUUGAUCACAUGCUAAACACACAAAGUUAUCAACAUAGCCCAUGAAAAUAGAGGAAAAAGUAAACCCAACUGAAUGUCAGAACUUUAAUCGGCAACUGAUUGUAUUGUUUUGACUGUUUAUCAUACUGGAGUGAUUUGUCAUUGAUUAAAGGGUUAGGCGUACGUCUUAUGAUUUUUAUUUUACAGU